GCGGAAAUGAGAGGACCACACAAGCCAUUAUCAAUUAUCACGGCCUAUCAAACACAUAAAAAAAGAAAAGAAAACCAACAGUCUCUAAACCAGCAGUCCAAAGGUUACCCCCUUUCCAGUUUUUGCUGUUUUCGAGGUCAUUUCCUUGGCACUCUCUUCGGUCCUGGCAUAAAAGAUGAGUACACUAGAUGCGGCUAGAGCCGAACUUGCUCUUGCAGUUCUGUACCUGAACAAGGCUGAGGCCAGAGACAAGAUAUGCAGGGCAAUACAGUAUGGUUCAAAAUUCUUGAGUAAUGGAGAACCUGGAACUGCCCAAAAUGUUGACAAAUCGACUAGCUUGGCAAGAAAAGUUUUUCGCCUCUUCAAGUUUAUCAAUGAUCUGCAUGGUCUUAUUAGUCCAACCGCUCCAGGAACUCCUCUUCCGCUUGUUCUGCUAGGAAAGUCCAAAAAUGCAUUGCUGUCAACAUUUCUGUUUCUUGAUCAAAUUGUCUGGCUCGGUAGAACAGGUAUCUAUAAGAACAAGGAACGUGCUGAUCUGAUUGGCCGGAUCUCUCUUUUCUGUUGGAUGGGAUCCUCAAUUUGUUCCACUUUGGUUGAGAUUGGGGAGAUAGGAAGGAUUUCUGGACAGCUUAAAAAGUUAGAGAAGGAUCUGAAGAACAGUGAGAAGUAUCAAAAUGAACAAUACCGUGCUAGACUCAAAAUGUCAAAUGAGAGAUCGCUGGCCCUGGUUAAAGCAGCAUUGGACACAGUGGUAGCAGUUGGGUUGCUUCAGUUGGCACCUAAGAAAGUUACUCCUCGUGUUACCGGAGCCUUGGGAUUUACUACUUCUCUGAUCUCAUGUUAUCAGUUGCUUCCAGCACCAGUGAAGUCCAAGGCACCCUAAAGAUCGAAGUCCUGUUUGCUCAUUGUGCUUCAGUGUCCGUUAAAUAAUUGUAGUAUUUGUUAGUGCAAACGUUUGAGCAAUUCGAACACUUUCACCAUUACUUCGUUAACGUCCAUAAUGCUCUGUGCUAUAGUAAUAAAUUAAAUUAUAUAUGUUUUUUCA